GGAUUUUAGAAUCUACAGAGGAAAAAAAAAUAAUAAUAAAAAGAGAAACCAAAAAGGAAAAAAAACGACGAGAGGAAAUAGAACGGUUAGAGAUAGGGGAAGCCUGGGAGACUUUUCCAUAUACCCAAAUAAUAAGAGGUUUUUUAUUAAUAACCCAAUCAAUUCUCAGAAAAAAGAUUCUAUUACCUUCAUUCAUAAUCGGUAAAAAUAUCGGGCGUAUGCUACUAUUUCAAACUCCUGAAUGGUCUGAAGAUUUAAAGGGAUGGAAUAGAGAAACGCAUGUGAAGUGUACUUAUAAUGGUAUUCCGUUAGCUGACAAAAAAUUUCCGGAAAAUUGGUUGACAGAAGGUAUUCAAAUCAAAAUUUUAUUUCCUUUCUGUCUCAAACCUUGGCACGAAUAUAAAUCGCUAAAUUCUCGUGAUGACUUUUGUUUUUUAACAGUUUGGGGAAGGGAAACAGAACACCCUUUUGGUCAUCCACGACAAAAACCUUCGUUUUUUAAGCCUGUUUUUAAGGAACUUUACAAAUUUGUAAAAGUAAAAAUUAAAUUUUUAAAAAAGUUUUCAAAAAAAAAACACAAGUUCAAAAGAAACAAGAACAAUACACCCGAGUGUAAUAAAAAAUGAAAAAGAUGAUCUAAUAAAUAACCAGAUAAUGAAUCAACCCUUGAGUAAAAUUGAAAAAAUUACAGAUUGGAAAAAUUAUUCACCGAUAGACAAAAUGCAGGCUAUCACUCAUAGGACAAGUACAAUUAAAAAAAAACUAGAAAGAAUUACGGAAGAUAAGAAAAGGGUCACUCUAGAACUUGAUAUGAACCCUUACAAAAAAAGUUCG